UUACAACCGCAAGCGGCGCGGGGCGUGUGCGCAUGCGCCGCCCCGGCGCCUGGGUUGUGGGUUAUGCCCGGAGAGCGCAUGGGCAGACAAACUGAACGUCGGUUUGUCCCGACGGGAGGGCAGUGUGGGCGCCAUCUUCACCGGGGCCGCCGGGGGGCUCAGCUGGCUGUGUGGAGGCUGCUGCGACGAGGAGCGUCCCAGCCCCAGUUUGUGUGGUGUGUGCGCAGUGCCCAGGGCGAAGCACUUCUCCUCGGGGCGCCGGGCGGGAGGGGUGCGAGCCGCGGGACGGGCAGGCGGGGCCGGGAGCGAGCGCGGCCUGUACGGUUAGAGUCCCGCUCGCUGACCCCGACUCCUCCCGUCAGCCUCCCAGUGAUGGUGUGUGCGCUUGCUGGGAUCUUGACAGCGAAGAUCUCGGAGCCUCGCCUAGUAUUGGAUCCGACAUAGCAAGUUGGCCUGGCGGUCAGAGAAGGAAACUGAUCCUCGGGAGCCUGGACAAAGGCGUCAGGCUGUGGAAUCGAUGCCUUCCGAAGAGUCCCCAUUGAUGAUGAUGGAUGACACAAGAAGUCUGUGCCCUGUGGAUUCGACUUCGUUUAACAGUUCCUGAUGGGGGGGACUCUGGCUCUGUGUGGUCAUGCAUUUUUUUCUUUAAUUUUAGAUAUCUGCAUUAUAAAAGGCAGAUUUUAUCAGAGACUAUUUGUGGACUGAGUUAAGUUGCUUUUACAGAAUUAACAGGUCUCCAAGAAAUAAAAGGAAAAGGUCAUUAUUGCUGUGGUUUGAGCUCAGCAUGGCUGUAGUCAUCCGUUUACUGGGGCUUCCUUUUAUUGCGGGGCCUGUGGAUAUCCGUCACUUCUUCAAGGGAUUGACUAUUCCUGAUGGAGGAGUGCAUAUAAUUGGAGGGAAAGUUGGGGAGGCUUUUAUUAUUUUUGCAACAGAUGAAGAUGCGAGACGUGCCAUAAGUCGUUCAGGAGGGUUUAUCAAGGAUUCAUCUGUAGAGCUUUUUCUUAGUAGCAAGGCAGAAAUGCAGAAGACCAUAGAAAUGCAAAGACCUGUUCGUGGAGGAAGAGGGCGACUGGGAUCAGGGGCUUCAGGGGUUGGCAACCUGUACCAUUUUAUUGAUGCUAUGAAGGAAGAGGAGAGUUAUUCUGCAUAUGGCUCUUCAAUUAAUCAAGAUGCUGGGUUUCAUACUAAUGGUACAGGACUUGAUGUAAGGCCAAGAAAGACCAGGCCAUCGAAGGCUGAGAACCCUUACUUGUUUCUACGAGGUUUGCCUUACUUAGUAAAUGAAGAUGAUGUACGUGUCUUUUUCUCUGGUUUGUGUGUGGAUGGAGUAAUUUUCUUAAAACAUCAUGAUGGCCGAAAUAAUGGUGAUGCUGUAGUAAAAUUUGCUUCAUGUAUUGAUGCUUCAGGAGGUCUUAAAUGCCAUAGAAGUUUCAUGGGUUCAAGAUUUAUAGAAGUAAUGCAGGGCUCAGAGCAACAGUGGAUUGAAUUUGGUGGUAAUGCAACUUCGGGUGGUGGCAUUCCUCGUAUGAGAGCUGAAGACCAUUCUCCUCCCAGAGGGGUCAGUGAUAGGCACUUUCGAAAACGGUCUCAUUCAAAAUCCCCUAGAAGAACGCGUUCUCGCUCCCCUCUUGGAUUUUAUCUUCACUUAAAAAAUCUGUCCUUAAGUAUUAACAAAAGAGAUUUAAGAAAUUUCUUUAAACAUACUGACCUGUCUAAUGAGCAGAUUAAGUUCUUAUAUAAAGAUGAACGAAGAACACGGUAUGCCUUUGUGAUGUUUAAGAAUCUAAAAGACUAUAAUACUGCCCUGGGCUUGCAUAAGACUGUUUUACAAUAUCGGCCAGUUUUUAUUGAUCCGAUCUCUAGGAAACAAAUGAUGAAAUUCAUUGAAUGCUAUGAAAAGAAGAGACCAGGGUCCAUAGAGAAAGGAAGGCCUGGGCGUGUUUCACAGAAGUACUUUGAAGAAGGCUACUCUGGGCAGAAGCUGUAUAUAUAUAUAAGAAAUUUUCCAUUUGACGUUACGAAAGUUGAAGUGCAGAAGUUCUUUGCGGACUUUUCCCUUGUUGAGGAUGACAUUUAUUUGCUUUAUGAUGACAAAGGAGUUGGUUUGGGAGAAGCACUGGUGAGAUUUAAAUCAGAAGAACAGGCUAUGAAAGCUGAACGUUUAAACCGGAGAAGAUUCUUAGGGACAGAAGUGUUGUUAAGACUUAUAUCUGAUGGACAAAUGCAGGAGUUUGGUGUCAAUUUUUCCUUUAUGUGCAAUGAGAAAACACAAGCUCGUUCCCAGUCACACAGCAGAGAUGACCGUUCCCGUCUGUUUGACUUGAAAGACUCACCAGUAUGUUCACUUGGCCGGUCUGAAAGCGUUGGUUACCAGCCAGAAGACGUAAGGCAUCCCCACAGGUAUUUCCAGCAGUCUGACAGGCACCCUCCAGAAGACUUCCGACACUCUCCUGAGGACUUCCGACAUUCUCCAGAUGACUAUAGACACCCCCAGGAGGAACACAUCAGGCGCUCUAGGGAGGAAGACUGGAGACGGCCUCUGGAGGAUUGGAGAUGGUCCCCGGAAGAUGAUUUCAGGCACUCUGAUGAAAACGAUUUUAGGCCGCUACCAGAGGAGGAUUUCAGAUACCCUUGGGAGGAAGACUUCAGACGGCCACCUCAGGAGCACUUCAGGAGGCCAUCCCAGGAGCACUUUAGACGGCCACCCCAAGAACAUUUCAGGCUUUCCCGAGAGGAGUAUUUCAGGCAUGUGGCAGAUGAAGACUUUAGGCACCCUUCUGAUGAGGACUUCAGGCCCCCCCAAGAAGAAGAUUUGAGAUGUCCCACCGAUGAGGACUUGAGGCAGCUCUCUGAGGAAGACCUUAGGGAAGUACCAGAGGAGGACCUUAGAUUUCCUGAUAGUUUUAGACCUCCUGGUGAGGGUUUUUGGACCUCGCCUGAUUUCAGAGGUCACCGUCCUUUUAUAAACUUUGGUCACUUAGAAAGUGGCAAGUUUGAUUUUGGAAAGCAUAAUGUGGGAUGUUUUCCUGAGGGAAGAUUUAUGCCUGAUGUAAAAUUAAAUUGUGGUUCAGGUAGAAUAACUCCUGUUAAGAUCAUGAAUCUUCCAUUUAAAGCCAAUGCUAAUGAAAUUUUAGACUUUUUCCAUGGUUACAAAGUCAUACCUGACUCAGUUUCCAUACAGUAUAAUGAGCAAGGGUUACCCAUAGGAGAAGCCAUUGUUGCUAUGAUAAAUUAUAAUGAAGCUAUAGCUGCUGUUAAAGAACUAAAUGGUAGACCAGUCGGUCCCCGCAAAGUUAAGCUCAUUUUGCUUUAGAGAGCCUUUCUGAGUCCAUAGUUUUCUUCCACAGUAUUGAUGCAGUAAAAAUACAGCUUCUUAAAAAAGUUUAUUUUUAAUUAUCUAAUUAAACAUUUUAAUUUUAACCUGUGAAUAGACAAAAUGUUGUGUAAAUCUGGUUUUCCUUUGCUUACAAAUGGACAUUCUUUUUCUCCCUAAUUUAAAAUUACAUAUGCUUUUUUUUUUUUUUUUUGCUAGGAGAGAGAAAACAAAUUUCCUGAAUUCAUUAGUUUCACUGAUGUUAUGGAUAAAGCCCAGUCUUGUGAACUGUGGAGUUAUGUUGGGGGAAGGAAAAUUUAAUUUUGUUUUCACCAUCUUUUACUCAGACUGUGUAAGGAAAGGAUGGAUGACCGAUGGUUCAGAUCUGGCACUUUCAUUGCUACCUGCCUGCAGAACUCCCUUUUGUUUGAGAUACUGUGUUAAGGUCUCCUAUUAACUCUAAAUAGCUCAGAAAAUGAACAUACUGUGAACUUGAAAUUUACUUAUGUGAAAGGCUUAGGAAAUUCUCAAAAUUUGUGUUCAUAACUUUGAAAAGUUUUAUAAAAAUAAAAUUGCAACUGAAAUACUUA